AUGGCUCUUGUCGCUCAUCAAACUUUCUUAAAUUCGAUACUUGACAAACAAUCUUCCCGCCGUCAGAUCAUUGAUCCAACUCAUUCCUUUCCCGAGCAACCUGUGUUAUCAUCAAGGUCUCAUUCCUCAUCGGCUUUCGAGAAACAAAAUGAAGGCGGAUCUGUUGUGGAAGAAGAGAUAAGGAAUAAGAACAAUGUGGUCAACUACGUGAAGGAGGAAGAGACCAUACGGAAUGAUUAUUCUUCUAGAUUCGGUGAAUCAGACGAAUUUGGUAGUAAUUGGAUACUCGGUGCCAAAGACGAAGAAAUUUGCGAGGAAUACCCAGCACUCAAAAAGCUGACUGCGCUCAAAUCAUCCCUUGUUUCCUCCCAUUCUCACGCACCACUUUACCUUCCUCUUACUUCCACUUCAUCAUCUGACAUCCUCUCAGCAAUCAACCCAAAUCGGUUUGAUGUCAUUAUGAUUCACCCUCUCGCUUCAUGGGAAGCCACUGCUAAUUUACCCAUAAGGCAAAUCUCUUCUGAUCCUGGAUUUGUCUUUCUGUGGGUCGGAAAAGGUGAUGAGGAAGGUCUGGAAAGGGGGAGAGAAUGUUUCGCAAAAUGGGGAUUCAGAAGAGCUGAAGAUAUAGUUUGGGUUAAAACAAACACGAAAACUCAGAACAGAUCUGAGGGAUUAUCAAGUGAAGAUGAAGAAACCAAAUCAGUGGAAGACGGAGCGCUAUUCGCAAGUCAGAAGGAACAUUGUCUCAUGGGAAUAAGGGGUACGGUGAGAAGGUCAACAGAUAUGAGAUUCGUCCAUUGUAACGUUGACACGGAUGUCAUGGUCUGGGAAAGUGACAAUGAACCUAGUUCUCCAGCAUUUCCACCAUACCUGUAUACGUUGAUCGAGAACUUCUGUCUUGGAACAAGACGUCUGGAACUUCUUCCUUCAUCUCCUAAUCCUCGCAAAGGAUGGGUGACAGCUUCCCUAUCCCCUAAUCUACCAUUCGCUCCCUCCCCAGAGGAAGAAGUGUCACCGUUCGAUGCUACAUCAUAUCCAAUCACCAUUCCUGAAUCCGAUGGAAGACCAAUCUUGCCCUAUCAUACUGAGAUCGACACAUUACGGCCUAAAUCACCACAGAGACGUCCAAGAAAUCUACCUGGCAACUCCAACUCCCAUAAUGCAGGCGGAGGAAGACCAAAUCCCGGGCCAAAUACAGGCUUCAGGCCCAACUUCAAUCAAAAUAGGCAAUAUCAACAACAGCAGCAGCAGCAGCCUCAGCAACAUUCACAAAUGGGGUUCAACCCGUUUGCAGCUGGUGGACAAGUUAAUCCGAUGUUGAACCCAAUGAUGGUUAUGAAUAUGGGUAUGCCCAUGGGAAUGAUGCCGUAUGCAGGAUUUCCUCAGCAGAACUUUGGUGGAAUGGGAAUGGGUAUGGGCAUGGGUAUGGGUAUGGGUUUGCCAAUUAAUGGUGGUCAACCUGGAAACUUCAAUCAACAACAACAAAUACAAAUGCCAAUGCAGAUGCCAAUGGGUAUGGGAAUGGGAAUGAUGCCUUUCGGAUUUGACGGAAUGAUGGGACCUGUACCUGGAUUCGAGCAAAAUCAAGGAGGUCAAGGAGGCCCAAAUGGUCAGGGAGGACAGGGCAGAGGAGCUGGGACGGGUUGGCAAGGUGGCUGGCAACAAUGA